GGGGCGUCUGUGGGGCCGGGUGAGCGCUCGAUCGCUGUGCCAUGGUUGUGCCUGGGCUUGGGACCUUAACGGGCUGAGGCGCCCGAGCGGGGCUGGCGGGGAAGAUCUCGGGCCCCGCGCGGGUCUCGGGCAUGUGGUUUUGGCCAAAUUGGGCGAGGGCACACUAUAAGCACUUACCCCUUCUCGCCGAGGAAGAGCGGGAGAAAGGGUAUGGCUCAGGCGCAAGGCUGGGGGAGAAAGUACUUCAAGGCCUUCUGCAAAGGCUUCUUUGUGGCCGUGCCCGUGGCAGUGACUUUCCUGGAUCGGGUCGCCUGCGUGGCAAGAGUGGAAGGAGCCUCCAUGCAGCCUUCGCUGAAUCCUGGAGGAAGCCAGUCAUCUGAUGUGGUACUUUUAAACCAUUGGAAAGUGAGGAAUUUCGAAGUACAACGUGGAGACAUUGUAUCAUUGGUGUCACCUAAAAACCCAGAACAGAAGAUUAUUAAGAGGGUGAUUGCUCUUGAGGGAGACAUUGUAAAAACCAUGGGGCAUAAAAACCGGUAUGUCAAAGUCCCUCGCGGUCAUAUCUGGGUAGAAGGUGAUCAUCACGGACAUAGUUUUGACAGCAAUACUUUUGGUCCGGUUUCCCUAGGACUUCUGCAUGCCCAUGCUACGCAUAUCCUGUGGCCUCCAGAGCGCUGGCGGAAACUAGAAUCUGUGCUUCCUCCAGAGCGCUUGCCAGUUCAGAGUGAAAAGACUGAAUGAAUCUCCCUGACCUGCUAGCAUUGAAAUGCCAUCACCAAUUUGAGGAAGAGGAAUGGAGCAAAACCUUCUAAAGGUCAAGACUUCCAACGAGAUGAUGCAAGAAAUAUUUCUGUCAUAUUAGAAUAAACUGUAUUAUCGAAGAAGGAGUUUAAAAAUAAAGGGCCCAUGACUUUGUGUUAAAAUUUAAUAGCCUAUUGUCUAAUGCAAAAAAAAAAAAAUUGAAGGCCUUUGGAAACAAAAAUGUUAUUCCCCUAAAACUUGAAAUCAGCAAAUUUGAGAUAAUUUGUUGUACAGUUUGAUUGUUUUGACUUGGAUGCUUGCUGCUGAAAUAAUUUCAAAAUUAAUAUCUGA